AUGAAGUUUGGCCGCUACCUCGCGGACAACGCGACCCCCGAAUGGGCGCGCGCGUACAUCGACUACCGCGCACUCAAGAAGCAGAUCAAGCGCAUCGUCGCGCGCAAGCACGAUGAGGGCGACGACGUCGACGACCGCUCCUCGGACGACGAGGACCACGGUCCGUCGCGUAGAGCCGCAGACACGAGCGGGCGGACACAGAUCGGCACAGCUAGACCCACGCCCGAGCGGACAUCUAGCCAUCGCUCGGUGCGGUCCAACGCGUCCGUCACUGCUGCUUCCGCCGCGCGCCCCGACAGCGUUGGCUAG